AUGGCCCAUGGCCGCAUUCAAGCUGCUCUCGGUAAGCACCACUACGCAUUCAUCAAGAAGGUUGGAGAAGGCUCCUUCGGGGCUGCCAUUCUCUGCCAGCACGAUACUGACAAGGAGCGCGACACCAAGGCCAUCGUGAAGAUGAUCGACAUCAGCCGCGCUUCGAAGCAAGAAAAAGAUGACGCCUUGAAGGAAAGCAAGGUGCUGGCGUCUUUGAAGCAUCCCUACAUCGUGCGGUACAGGGAGAGCUUCAAUGAGGACGGCUGGCUAUGCAUCGUGAUGGACUACUGUGAAGGGGGCGACCUCUCCGGAAGGAUCAAGAACGCCAGGCAGUCUUCGAAAAUCUUCCCACAGGAUCAGGUCGUCAGGUGGUUCACCCAGGCCAUUCUGGCCUUGAAGUACAUCCACGAUCUUCACAUCCUGCACAGAGAUCUGAAGUCAGGGAAUUUCUUCUUGUCCAAGAGUGGCAACAUAAAGAUGGGUGAUUUUGGCAUUGCCAAGGUGCUUGAAUGCACAGCGGCAUGUGCGCAAACACAGAUCGGCACGCCGUACUACCUCUCUCCAGAGAUUUGUCAGGGCAAGAACUAUGCGUGGAGCUCCGACAUUUGGAGCAUGGGGUGCAUUCUCUAUGAGAUGUGUGCCAGGAAAGUGCCAUUUGAUGCCCCGGAUCUGAAGAGCCUUAUCCACAAGAUUACCAAGGAGCCGGCUCCGGAGGUCCCAGCGGACUACUCUGUGGGAGUUCGCAGCCUGGGAAAGGAGCUGUUGGACAGGGACCCCAAUAAACGUCCACCUGCUGCCGAAAUCCUGAAGAGACCCGUUGUGCAAGAAAUGGUGAGAAGGAUGCUCGACGAGGUCAAGGGCGAGGCCGGCGAGGAGGAGGGCGAGAAACCGCCUCCCCCUCCGGCGCCUGCAGGUGGUGGUGUGGGUGCCGCAUCGCCUGGUGUGGCCGGACCCUACGGCAGCUCCGCAGGCAAGUACGCAAAGGGUGAGCUGGUUGAAUAUUACAGCGAGACCCAUGGUGAGUGGCUUCCUGCCACCGUGACGGCGGCCAAUGAAGACGGUCGAGUGCAGCUGAAUGUGAAGCCGGGUGUUUGGAUCUCCCUGGAGAUCCAGGGUGCCAAAGUGCGACCACGACAAUCGGCUCAAGCCACGCCAGCCAGCGCAGCCAAUGGCAAGCCUCCGCCAGGUGGCAGCCCUGCCCAUCGAGCUGCUGACAAGAGGGAAGGUGCGCUUCAGCGCCAACUCAGUCGAGAUGCCCCGGCCAGGGGACCAGGCAGUAGCCCAGCCCGCAACCCGUCCGCCGAGCGACGGGGCCGGACGCCGCAGGGCCGGGCCGCAAGUCCGUUCAGCAAUGCCGCCGGAAUGCCAUCUGCACGGGGAAACAGCCGAGGUCGAGGUUGA